AUGUAUUUUUCCUCACUCACGAAAGUCAUCAAUGCCGAAGGAAAUGAAACCUAUUCUUGUAUAAAAGUUUGGACUGCUCACACCCUUGAAGAUUGCAGCUUCUUUUCUACAUUUUUAGCUGAAGAUUCUAACGCCACGAAGUUGCAUUUAGAAUCACAGUGCAAAGAGUACUCCCCAGACAUCGAGUCCAGGUCGCUAAGCAAAUGUCUUUUACCGACUUCCGUUGGAGAAACCACCCAUUACAUAGCGCGAUUCAUUUUUGGUUUUUGCCUACCUGCUGCGCUUACAGUGUUCUUUUACUGCAAAAUUGGACAAAAGAUUCGACAGAGCGAAACGAUGCUUUCGUCGAUCGGGAAUCAAUCUCGGAGCAACUCAAAGACAGUUUCGAGGAAUAUAGCGAUUUUCCUUCUUGCCACUCUUCUGGGUUCUGCCCCGUGCCUGCUCUUCUAUUUCAUUCGUUUAACCAAGAUCGAUUUCGGCGUUGAUUUUUGCCACAAGCUGAUUUAUGUGAAAGACUGGUUCCUUAUUUCCUGUCCAAUGAUAAAUGCUAUUAUAUAUUCUUUCCUUGGGAGAAAGUUCAGAAGAGACCUAGUGCGAGUGUUCUGCAAAAAGUACGUUCCUGCUGGGGACGCGAGCAGCUCGAAGAAAUCUGCACGAACGAAAAACACUAAUCUCGACAGUUGCAGAAUAUCAGAUGCGGAGAUUUCUCUUAUUGCUACGAGUUUGAAACGUUAA